AUUACAUGUGCAAUGUCAUAUUUUGAACUUAAUCUUGGGCAACCUUGAAGCCUUCUACGAGUAAGGCCAGCCGCUUCGAUUCAAUUUUACUACAAAAUUAAAUCAGUUUACUUCAUAAAGUGAUACAUAUAAUACUGGAACUGUAUUAUUGAAUGCAAAAAUGGAUAGACGGACUUUUGGUGUGUUUUUCGCUUUAACAUUAUUAGCGCAUGGAUUCUGCCUCCCAUCACAUAUUAGAAUGAGAAGGCAAGAAAGUACUUCGGCAGAUACAACGAUAAGUCCAACUGUGAAUGAUGAAGAUGGAACAGACAAGGAUGCCAUCAUUCCUUUAAAAGACUCAGGUCCCAUAUCUGUCCCAAUCGACCCGAGCGAUGAUGAUGAAGAUGACCUGACCCCCGCACCAGCGUCUUCUGGAGGCGGAAGCAAUAUAUUCAGCAUCUUUAACCUACUGGGUGCUAUUCUUCCAAGUUCAAGCAUUGCAAGCCACUCUGAAGGUGAGGAAUCUAGCGCGCCAUCUAUAUUUUGGACCCUUAAACUGGACAUUUUACGCGCCCUCGUUCAAUUUACAACUAGUUUCCUGGGAUUGGCGUCGUCUACCGCUUUUCAUUUUAGUUCACAAUGAGUACCAUUUUCAUAAUAAAAGUUAUGGAUAGCAA